UUUGAGUUUUGUGUCAAAUUUGAAUCUUUAGUAAUUAUGAGGCUAGAAUGUCCAUUAAAUUUUUCCAACGAACAAAAUUUUUAUUAUGGAACUCAAUUUCUUAGAUUUAGAAUCGUACCAUUAUUUUUUUAUCGCAGCAGUUGUAGUUCUGGGCUGUUUGUAUUUAUACGAUGCAAUAUAUGAAGUGAAUUGUCAACCUCCGAGGAAUCUGGAAUUCACUUCUUAUAAUUAUAGUGAAGGAAAUGGUCCAUCGUUCUGGAAUAAAAUAUUUUCAAAAGCAAACGGUAAUCUACAGUCUCCUAUAAAUAUAUUAGAAACUAGAGUGGAAGUGAUUAGUUCUGAUGAAGCAUGUCCGCUUAUAUUUUCAGAAGAAUUUCAUAUAGUUCCAGCCGAAAUGAAAUUGUAUAAUAAUAGUCACAAUGUAGUUCUUUACGCAUCAUGGCCGAAUUGCACUUAUCCUACAAUUGUUGGUGGUCCCUUGGAAGAAGAAUAUCGUUUUGUGAAUCUUCGUUUACGAUGGGGAUCAAAUGAUUUCGAGGGAUCGGAACACAUGAUAAAUUCUGUUAAAUUUGCUAUGGAAUUGCAAGCAGCUUUUGUGAAAAAAAGCUCUUGCCAAGAAGAUAUCUUGACAGCAGCUACAAAUAAAUCAUUAGUUAUGUUGAGCUACUUUUUCAUGGUAACCCCAAUUGAUAAUCCUUAUUUUGAACCUAUGAUAACGGCUCUGAGAUAUUUGAAAAGACCGAUGAGCUACAUAUGUAUCGAACCAAUUACACUUUCAUUACUUACACCCGAUUUUACAAGAGAUUAUUAUACUUAUAUGGGAUCCCUUACAUUUCCCCCUUGUACUGAAGGAGUCAGAUGGAUAAUCAAACCAGAGCCAUUGAUGAUAUCUUCAAGACAAGUCAAACAAUUCAGGAAACUUUAUGGUUGUGAGAAAAGAAUUGAUACUAAUACAAGACCUGUACAAUCAACAAAUGAUCGGGAAGUUAUUUAUUACAGUUGAUACUAAUGCAUGUUAUAUUUAUAUUAAAUACAUGUAAUGAAUCUAAUUUCCAUAA